AUGAAGGUCACCGGUCUCGUCGCGUUCGUCGCCGCGCUGGGCGCCUCGUCCGCCCUCGCCGCUCCCGCCCCGGCCCCCGUCGCCGAGGUCGAGGGCGAGCUGGCCGCGCGCGCCAACCUGCCGGGCCUCAACGCCAAGCAGAGCGCCCACGCGCGCGCCAUCAUUGCCGAGACGAAGAAGGAGAAGCUCGGGCACCAGGGCUGCCUCGCGGCCAUAACCACCGGCCUGACCGAGUCCUCCCUGCGCGUCCUCGCCAACAAAAAGGUCCCCCAGUCGCUCAAGUACAAAAACGACGGGCUCGGGUCCGACCACGACAGCAUCGGCAUCUUCCAGCAGCGCGCCAUGUACUACAAGGACAUCAAGUGCGACAUGGACGCGGCGUGCUCGGCCAGCCUCUUCUUCAAGGGCAUGAAGGCCGUCAAGGGCUGGCAGAAGAUGGACGUGGCGACGCUGUGCCAAAAGGUGCAGCGCUCGGCCGUGCCCAGCGCGUACAAGAAGCACGUCGACGCGGCGGGCAAGAUUUGCAAGGCGGGCGGCGCCUAG